GCACUCGCACCCGGUGUCCACCUGCUGUUCCAUUGCUCGCCGUCCAUAUUGCCAUCGCACAUCUCACACCUGCCCUUUUCUCGUCUUUGCUCGCUCGCAGCAAGCAUCUCCCAACCAGACUGGUAGUUCUUGCUCCACCCUAUACACCGUCCCUUCUCCAGAGCUAUUGAGCUGUGUAGCGAGCCGCCAUGUCUGAUGACGAGUUUAUGAUGGAGGAUGCCGCGGACGAUGAAGAAUACGACUUUGACUAUGACGACGACGACGAUGGCAUGGAAGAUGAUGGCGGCGACGAGGAGAACCUGUACUACAAAGCCAAAGCACUGAAGGACGAUGAUUCGGAGGCUGCACUCAAGGCUUUUCGCGCCAUUGUUGACGGGCAGGAUCAGAAGGGAGAAUGGGGGUUCAAAGCUCUAAAGCAGAUGACCAAGAUGAACUUUCUGCACCUCCAUCGACCGCACGAGUCACUCAAGACGUACCGUGAGCUUCUAACGUACACCAAAAACAGUGUGACGCGCAACUAUGCCGACAAGUCGAUCAACAACAUCCUCGACUACGUUGCUGGGGAAGGCAAACACGCCGCUCUUUCGCCCAAAAUCCCUCUGGAUACCCUUGAGGAGUUCUACGAGGCGACACGGGUGGCAUGCGAAGAGGCCAAAAACGAGCGCCUUUCGACCAAGUCGAAUCUGAAGCUAGCCAAGCUCUGGCUUGAUCGCAAAGAGUACGCGCGUCUUCAGCCUAUUCUGAAGGCUCUUCAUGAAGUGUGCGAUCCCAGCGAGACUUCUUCGGCCGACGAUCAAACCAAGGGUUCUUUGCUACUCGAGCUCUACGCUAUCGAAAUUCAGAUGUACAGUGACCUGAAGGAGACGCGCAAGCUCAAGGAGAUCUAUAAUGCGUCCAUGAAAGUGCGCAAUGCCAUCCCACAUCCCCGCAUUAUGGGCGUGAUCCGCGAGUGUGGCGGCAAGAUGUGGAUGAUGGAGAAAUCAUGGGACAAGGCAUCGACCGACCUGUUCGAGUCGUUCAGGCAAUACGAUGAAUCUGGAUCGCCGCAGCGCAUCCAGGUGCUCAAGUAUCUAGUCUUGACCUAUAUGCUCAUGGGGAGUGACAUCAACCCUUUCGACUCGCAAGAAACUAAGCCAUAUAAGAACGACCUUCAGAUCAUGGCCAUGACCGCACUGGUUGCAGCGUACCAGGACCGUGACGUCAAGCAAGCAGAACGCAUUCUGAAAGCCAACGCUGCGACGAUCACCUCUGACCCGUUCAUUCGUUUCUUCAUUGAUGACCUCCUCCGGACCCUGCGGACAAACUAUAUCGUCGACAUGAUCAAGCCUUACACAAGGUUGAACCUUGAUUUCCUCGCAGAUACACUUAGCCUCUCUACGCCCGAGGUCGAGAACUUGGUCGUAUCGCUGAUUCUUGACGGUCGCAUCAAUGGCAAGAUCGAUCAGGUCAAAGGCCACAUUGUGCUGAACCGGUUCCACUCGGACGAGAAGGCCAAGUACGACGCGUUGUGGCAGCAGGCAAACACGCUGUCGGCGUUGUCCUCGCGAAUAAUCAAGGACAAGGGGCCAAAGGAUGCUUCCCGUGGCUGGCUGCCGGGCGUGGAGAGUUUUGCGUGA